AUGCUAACAGGAGAGAUAAAGCUCGGCGGAGACGACGACCCCGGCGUGCUGCCGCAGCGCCUCGGAGACGUUGCUAAAGAAGUCCCACUUCCAUUAUUUAAAACACGGGCGUCCAAACUUUUGCCAGCCAACAAUGAGACGAGGGAGGGAGGAGUCAAGGAGACAAGGGGCGAAGGAGCCAAGGAGACGAGGGAGGGAGGAGCCAAGGGACGGAGGAGCCAAGGAGACGAGACGAGGGACGGAGGAGCCAAGAAAACGAGGGACGGAGGAGUCAAGGAGACAAGGGACGGAGAGGAGACGAGGGACGGAGGAGCCAAGGUGACGAGGGACGGAGGAGUCAAGGAGACGAGGGACGGAGGAGCCAAGGAGACGAAGGAGCCAAAAAAACGAGGGACGGAGGAGUCAAGGAGACGAGGGACGGAGGAGCCAAGGAGACGAAGGAGCCAAGGAGACAAGGGACGGAGGGGAGACGAGGGACGAAGGAGCCAAGGAGACGAGGGACGGAGGAGCCAAGAAGACGAGGCACGGAGGAGUCAAGGGGACGAGGGACGGAGGAGCCAAGGAGACGAGGGACGGAGGAGCCAAGGAGACGAGGGACGGAGGAGCCAAGGAGACGAGGGACGGAGGAGCCGAGGAGACGAGCAGACAAGGGACGGAGGUGACGAGAGAUGGAGGAGCCGAGGAGACGAGGGACGGAGGAGUCGAGGAGUUGAGGGACGGAGGCGACGAGGGACGGAGGAGUCGAGUAGACGAGGGACGGAGGAGACGAGGGACGGCGGUGACGAGGGACGGAGGAGCCAAGGAGACGAGGGACGGAGGAGUCGAGGAGACGAGGGACGGAGGAGUCGAGGAGACGAGGGACGGAGGAGUCGAGGAGACGAGGGACGGAGGAGUCGAGGAGACGAGGGACGGAGGAGUCGAGGGACAGAGGAGCCGAGGAGACGAGUGACGGAGGAGACGAGGGACGGAGGAGACGAGGGACGGGGGAGCCGAGGAGACGAGGGACGGAGGAGUCGAGGAGAUGUGGGACGGAGGAAACGAGGGAUGGAAGAGCCGAGGAGACGAGGGACGGAGGAGUCGAGGAGACGAGGGACGGAGGUGACAAGAGACAGAGGAGUCGAGGAGACGAGGGACAGAGGUGACGAGAGACGAAGGAGCCGAGGAGACGAGGGACGGAGGAGCCGAGGAGACGAGGGACGGAGGGGUCGAGGAGACGAGGGACGGAGGAGCCGAGGAGACGAGGAUCGGAGGAGCCGAGGGACGGAGGAGCCGAGUAGACGAGGGACGGGGGACGGAGGAGACGAGAGACGGAGGAGACGAGGGAUGGAGGAGCCCAGGAGACGAGGGACGGAGGAGCCAAGGAGACAAGGGACGGAGGAGCCAAGGAGACGAGGGACGGAGGAGUCGAGGAGACGAGGGACGGGGGACGGAGGAGACGAGGGACUGAGGAGCCGAGUGACGGGGGACAGAGGAGACGAGGGACGGAGGAGCCGAGGAGACGAGGGACGGGGGACGGAGAAGCCAAGGAGACGGGGGAAGGAGGAGCCGAGGAGACGAGGUACGGAGGAGCCAAGGAGACGAGGGACGGAGGAGCCAAAGAGAUUAGUUUGA